GGAAGUACAGUUUAUAUGCAUGAGCGAAAAUAGGUUGUUUAUGAAAGUUGUAUGCUAAUACACCGGAUUAAUAUAAUAUACGAACCGCUUUCACAGAAUUCGGACUGUUGUAGUGUUGAUCUUACCACAGAGUCUCGAUUUUUGGAAAUAAAGAUCAGAUGAAAAAAAACGCAUGGUCGGUCUAUAAAAAGGUCGCCCCGCCCUUAGCAGCCGCUGGAGCCGCGGUUGUCGCCGCCCCCCUCGUUCUGUCCGCAGCAGGAUUUGGCCCUGAGGGUAUCAAACGGGAAUCCUUUGCGGCGAAUAUAAUGUCCGCAACUGCACGGAGUAAUGGCAAAGGCGUCCCAGCUGGAAGUUUUUUCUCGGCAUGCCAGUCAGCAGGGGUGGUUGGAAUAAGCAAAAGUAUACUUGUGGGGAUCGGGUUGGUAGCUGGAAUAUUCACAGCUCUUGUACAGAAAGUAUUCAAUGAUGACACAGAUGAAGACGACGAAUCAGGAAAUGGGGCUUAAAACGGAAUUACGCAUACAAAUACUUUACUAAGCAUACUCUAGUGCAUUUUUGUUUUAUUUCAGUUAUUUAGUUCUAUAGUUUCGAGUGUCAUAUUAGCACUAUGUCCAAUUAAUCAAACAUAAAUUUAAAUAAAAUCUUCAUCUU